CUAUAUUUCUAUAUCCAUGGUUUCAACUGAAACGCGGACAUAAUCGCUUUCAAGCUUUUUUUGGUCGAAGAUUUAAUGUCAUUAGCGCGAUAGUGAAUUGUUUUUUUUUAUUAGGCCACGGCAAUUUUUAAUUUACCAUAAAAUCUUGUUAUAAAUUUCCAAGGCCAAAUAAAAGAGCAGUUGUUAGAUUCAUAACGAAAAGCAUUUGAUAUUAAAAUGCCGUGCGAAAUGAUAACUUUACAGCUAGGUCAAUGUGGCAAUCAGAUUGGAUUUGAAUUUUGGAAAAGGCUAUGUGCAGAACAUGGGAUUAAUCCAGAAGGAAUUUUAGAAGAUUAUGCGACGGAAGGAAUGGAUAGAAAGAUGUUUUUUUAUCAAUCGGAUGAUGAACAUUAUAUACCACGAGCUGUAUUGUUGGAUUUAGAACCAAGAGUAAUUCAUACCAUUAUGAAUUCUCCAUAUUCGAAGUUGUAUAAUCCUGAAAAUAUCUAUUUAUCAAAACAUGGUGGAGGUGCUGGAAAUAACUGGGCAUCUGGAUAUCAUCAAGGUGAAAAGUUACAGGAAGAAAUUUUUGAUAUUCUAGAUAGAGAAGCUGAUGGCAGUGAUAGCUUAGAAGGUUUUGUUUUAUGCCAUUCCAUAGCAGGAGGUACAGGUUCCGGUAUGGGUUCAUUUAUGUUAGAAUCUCUUGCUGACAGAUUUCCCAAAAAAUUAAUUGAAACAUACAGUGUUUUUCCAAAUCAAGAUGAAAUAAGUGAUGUGGUAGUACAGCCAUAUAAUUCAUUAUUAACUUUGAAGAGACUAACUCAAUGUGCAGAUUGUGUAGUAGUCUUAGAUAAUACUGCUUUGAAUAGGAUUGCUUCAGAUAGAUUACAUAUUCAGAAUCCCAGUUUCACACAAAUUAAUAAACUUGUUUCGACAAUAAUGUCUGUCAGCACAACUACUUUGAGAUAUCCGUCAUAUAUGAACAAUGAUUUAGUUGGUUUGAUUGCACCACUUAUACCAACUCCUCGCUUACAUUUUCUAAUGACUGGAUAUACUCCGCUUACAACAGAUCAAGAAGGUGCAUCCGUGAGAAAAACAUCUGUCCUAGACGUAAUGCGACGAUUGUUGCAACCAAAAAAUAUGAUGGUUUCUACAGCAUUAGAUAGAAACGCAUCUCAUUGCUACAUAUCUAUCUUAAAUAUAAUUCAGGGUGAGGUAGAUCCAACUCAGGUGCACAAAUCCUUACAAAGAAUCAGAGAGCGAAAAUUGGCACAAUUUAUUCCUUGGGGUCCAGCUAGUAUACAAGUAGCUCUUUCGAGAAAAUCCCCUUAUAUCCAAAGUACGCAUCGUGUUUCUGGUUUGAUGUUAGCUAAUCAUACUAAUAUAUCCUCACUAUUUGAUAGAGCUUUACAACAAUUUGAUAAGUUGCGUAAACGUGAAGCAUUUUUGGAGCAAUUUCGUAAAGAAAAAAUGUUCGAAGACAAUCUUGAUGAACUAGAUAACUCAAGAGAAGUUGUGGAAUAUUUAGUGGAAGAAUAUCAGGCCGCAACUCGAAUUGAUUAUCUCAGUUGGAAUCCAACAAAGGCAGAUACAUAAAAUAACUAAUGAAUGUGCAAAUAAUCAAAUUUUUUUGUAACAUCCAGUUCUUAUUUUCUUAUAUCUUAAUGUCUUUAACAAUAAGACAACAAUAUUUAAUUUCAGAAAAAAAA